UAGGAAUCAGCGAAUGGGCGGUGCAGCUGCGUAAACAGCGGUUUCUGUUGGAACUUCAGCUUGAAUUUAGUAACUGAAAUUAUUUUCUAAUUGUUAAUUAUUUUCUCUCCUUUUUUAAUAGAGUUAAUUAAUUAUUUCUUUCUUAAAAUGUCUUCGACAUCUUCCAACGUUGAAAAUUUAUCUCCUCAUGUAAUCAAACAAGUCACAAAAGAAUUACACAAAUUAGUUACUGAACCUUUGGAAGGAAUUAAAGUGAUCUUGAACGAUGAAGAUGUCACCAACAUUCAAGCCAUCAUUGAUGGGCCAGCUGGUACUCCAUAUUCUGGAGGAUCUUUUCGUGUUCGAUUGGUUUUAGUUCAAGAUUUUCCAUCUGCACCACCUAAGGCAUUCUUUACUACCAAAGUCUUCCAUCCUAAUGUAUCCAGAAGUGGUGAAAUCUGUGUGAAUACAUUGAAAAAAGAAUGGAAAUCUGAUCUCGGAAUCAAGCAUAUUCUCCUUACAAUCAAAUGUUUGCUUAUAGUUCCCAAUCCAGAAUCAGCUCUAAACGAAGAAGCCGGUAAAUUAUUAUUAGAACAUUAUGAUGAUUAUUGUAAACGAGCUCUGAUGAUGACAGAGAUCCACGCUCGUGCUCCAAAAGAAAAGAAGGAAACCAAUGAAAGUGAAUCUGCUGGAACAAGUUCCAAAAGUACGACAACAAAUAACGAAUCAAAUGAAAGUGCACCACCGACCAAGAGGCUAAAAACAAAGUCUAAUUUAGCUAAAGACAAAAAGAAAACCCUCAAGAGAUUAUGAAUGCUCCUGUUUUAGGAAGAACGUAAAUUGACUAUAAAUAUUUAGCAUCUUUGAUACUUAACGGAAGAAAAAAGUUUCUUUAUCUUUGCAUACCUUUAUUUCCUUCUCUUCUCUUCUCUUCUCUUUUCUUUCCUCUCUGUCUCUUUUGUACUUCUAUCAGUUUCAAUCAAACCGCUCAUUAACUGCGAGAGCUUUUUUUUCAUAAUUUCUUCCUAAUGCUCGAAGAUAUUAUGUUAACUGUGUAACCCUUGUAGCAAUAUUGUUUUCAAAGCAAACAAAGGGACAAACAUUCAACUUCUUUAAAGUUUAAACAAUUAUGUAUUUUCUUCCAAUCAACUAUCAAUCCACUAUUUAAGAGUAGGAAUACUUGAAAACUAUGUAAGAACCCCGUUCUGUAUAAUUUGAUCUUUUUUCGGAACAGUAUCAUGUUGAUGUUGAUCUACUAAAACGCUGUUCAUGAGAUGAAUCACAAAUCUGAUGUAAUUCUGUAAUUUCAUUAAUUUGAAUGAAAAACCUUUUUUUAUAUCUCA